AUGUCAACCAUCAGAUACUCAAUCCGAACACGGAAAGAAAACUUCCAACCAAACCCAAACCCAAACCCAAACAGCAACAAGGAGCUUGCCAAGUGCAAGUUCCAACAUCACGAAGUAACUCCUAAACCGGACCAAACAAAAAAGUCAUCUCGACCCAAAGAAGAGGUUCCACAAAACAUGUCAUCUACCGCAGAAGAGAGCAGAAUGGAUGGAAUGGUCAGACUUUCCGACCAUCCAAUCUUAACCCAUCUAUUCAUCCAUCCAUCCAUACAACCCCCUUCAGCUCCUCAAACCUCACAAGCACCAACCAGAAGCAAAACCAGAAGCAACACCCAAACACCCCUCACCCCUCACCACCCCAACGAACAAGCACGAUAG